AUGGCGGAGAAGAUCUUAAUGUCCGAGUUCAAGGCUCUCUCCAAGGAACACUGGACCAACAUCGAGCUCAUCAACGAGAAUAUCUUCUCCUGGCACGUCGCCCUGAUCGUUAUCAAUCCCGACUCCAUCUACAAUGGUGCCUUCUUCAAGGCCAAGAUGACCUUCCCUACAACCUACCCCUUCAGUCCUCCCACCUUCAAGUUCACUCGUCCCAUGUUCCAUCCGAAUGUCUACCCCGAUGGCAAACUCUGUAUUUCCAUCCUCCACCCCCCCGGCGAGGACGAGAUGUCAGGCGAACUCGCUGCCGAACGCUGGUCACCUGCUCAGCGCGUCGAGUCUGUCCUUAUCAGUAUCCUAUCACUCCUCGAUGAUGCCGAACCUUCCUCGCCCGCCAACGUCGACGCUGGAGUCAUGCUACGCAACCACCCGGAGGCAUACAAGCAACGAGCCCUCCAGGAUGUUGAGGCUAGUAAGGCCGACAUUCCAGAGGGCUUUAUCAUGCCUACUCAGCAUGUUACCUACAAGCCCGAGGUCGAAGACAACCUGUUCAGCUGGAGCGACUCGGAGGUCGAGGACGACUUCGACAACGACAGCGAUGCAGAGAUGACGUUUGACGAGGACGACGAAGACGACGAGCAGGAAGUCGCCAGCGACAGCGACGAUUGA